UCCAGCGGAGGGCUGGGUGGCUGAAUUGGUUUGCUUCUUUGCUCGCUCGCUACCCAGCUUUGACCUUCAGCGACCGGAUCCAGCCCCAGCCGCGCACCGCCACCGGCACUGGCGGCGUCGCCUUCGCCGCUGGGCGCUCGAGAAGAGCCGCCUUUCCUCCCCCCCACUUCGCAACUGGGGAGUUUUGCCUUGGGCUUGGCCUCGGAGGGAAAGAAGCGAAGGAAGAGGAACGUUCGGCUGUUGCUCCUUCUUUCGGGCGGCCAAGGCGACCAGCGGGCGUUUUGCAAAGAAAGAAUAAAGGGGGGGGGGCUUUUUCGUGGAUUUCGCUCGUGUGUGUUUUUCUCUCCCUUUCGUUGCAAAUGGCACAUCGGCGCCGUCCAAGGAUGGUGAGCGAGAGACAACCCUGCUGAGAAUCCGUCUCGGCCCCUUUUCGCCUUCGUGUGUUGGGACCUCUCUCUUUAUUCCCUUCCCUUUUGGAAGGAGCCUGGGAAAAGGGGAGGGGGAGAAGAGAAGGGGAGGGGGAAGCCUCUUCUUUCCCUCCAUUCAUUUUGAUUCCGCAUUUUGUUUCCAACUCCCAAGCCAAAAAAAAAAAAAAAAAAUAAAAAAGGGUGGUGAUAUUGGGAGAUCCCUUUAAGGCCACCUCAGAUUUCUUGCAGUUCUUUUUUAAAAAAAAAUGAAACCUGCCUUUUUGGGAAACCUCACCGCUCUUUGAAUCUCUGGACCUUUUUAAAAAAAUUAAUUAUUCUUAUCUUGGCGUUGAAGCGCGCUCUCUGCUCUUGCGCCCCCGGUCCGUGGAAUUCUCCUUUUUCUUUAUAGGGAAAGCGCACGUACGUAUAUCACAAGCCUUGGUGUUUUUAUUUGGGGUGGGUGGAGGGGAAGCGAAGAAAAGAUGGAGGUCGAAGAUGCGGACUGUUUGCUCCAACGUGUUACAUGUUUGCUACUUCUGGAUGACUGCAGGCAACGCUGAACGCAGCUACACCGACCUUUCUCCAGCCUCCCGUAGUAGUUGGAGAAGGAAGAGGUGGUAGCUCCGGAGAAGAGGGGGGGAGUUUGUUAUUUUGCAAGCACCAAAACAGGCUUUGACUCCCCCUCCCCUCUUGGUUUCAUCCAGAGGGGACAGAAAUUUGUCUCCCAAAAAGGGGGGGAGGAAAAAAAAACCAACCUAUUUUUACUGCAAGUAUUUUCUCUCUUUUCAGCCGUUUUUGCUUUUCUACCUUCUGAACGAUUGAAGAAAGCUUAGAUAUCCCCUCCCCACUAUUUUUAAUAUUUCCUGUGGAGGGGAGAAGUACUGAGGACUUAGCUGUUGGAUUUUUUUGUUUUUGUUUUGCAAAGGCAGUUUUGUUUCCAAAAUAAAAAUAUCCAAAAAGAGGAAUGAAGCCUGGCGCUGGAGGAGGGUCCCUGACCUUAUUUGGGGGGCUUCUGGUGAUCUUGACCGCGUUUUGCCUGUGGCCAGCAAAUGGAAAAAUCUGUGGGCCAAACAUUGAUGUUCGCAACAGUGUGGAUGAGCUGAAGCAGCUGGAAGGUUGCACAGUGGUUGAAGGGUUUCUCCGGAUCUUGUUGAUACCUCAAGGAGAGGACUUCAGCAACUACCGCUAUCCGAAACUCACAAUGAUCACAGACUAUCUGCUGCUGUUCCGUGUAGCAGGCCUGGAGACCCUCAGUGACCUUUUCCCCAACCUCACAGUGAUCCGUGGCAAGAACCUUUUCUACAAUUAUGCGUUGGUCCUCUUUGAGAUGACAAACCUUAAAGAGAUUGGGCUGCACAACUUAAGGAACAUCACUCGGGGUGCUAUCCGGAUUGAGAAGAAUUCUGACCUGUGUUACCUUUCCACAGUGGACUGGUCUCUGAUCUUGGAUGCUGUCUCCAACAACUAUAUUGUGGGGAAUAAACCUUCAAAGGAAUGUGGAGAUUUGUGUCCAGGGACAGCUGAGGAAAAGCCACUGUGUGAGAAGACUUCCAUUAACAAUGAAUACAGCUACCGCUGCUGGACUUCUAACCACUGCCAGAAAAUGUGUCCCAGUGCUUGUGGCAAAUACGCUUGCACAGAGCAGAACGAAUGUUGCCACCCGGAGUGCUUGGGCAGCUGCACCGCUCCGAACAACAGCUCGGCAUGUGUGGCUUGUCGGAACUACUAUCACGAUGGAACCUGCGUCCCCACCUGCCCGCCCAACACUUACAAGUUUGAGGGCUGGCGCUGCAUCACGAAGGAGAACUGCUCCAGGAUACCAGCCUCGGAAUUGCAUGAAUUCGAGAGUUUUGUGAUUCACGACGACGAGUGUGUGCCCGAGUGUCCCCCCGGAUUCGUGCGCAAUGAUACCCAGAGCAUGUUCUGCAGUCCCUGUGAAGGACCCUGUCCAAAAGUGUGUGCAGACGAUAAGACAAUGACCAUCGACUCGGUCACAUCAGCACAGUUGUUACAAGGAUGCACAGAAAUCAGAGGGAAUCUGCUCAUCAACAUCCGUCGUGGCAACAACAUUGCCUCAGAACUGGAGAACUUUAUGGGCUUGAUAGAAACAGUGACAGGCUAUGUGAAGAUCCGGCAUUCACAUGCUUUGGUGUCCCUCUCUUUCUUGAAGAAUCUGAGAUAUAUUAAUGGAGAGGAGCAACUGGAAGGGAAUUAUUCGUUUUAUGUUCUGGACAAUCAAAACCUGCAGCAACUGUGGGACUGGAACCAUCAUAACCUGACCAUCAAAGAGGGCAAGAUGUACUUUGCAUUUAAUCCCAGGCUGUGCGUCUCUGAGAUUUACCAUAUGGAGGAGGUUACUGGAACCAAAGGGCGGCAAAGCAAAGGCGAUAUAAAUCCAAGGAACAAUGGGGAGAGAGCCUCUUGCGAAAGCCACAUUCUGAGAUUCGUUUCCAACACUACAAUGAAGAACCGGAUCAAGUUAACGUGGGAACAGUAUCGCCCGAAAGACUACAGAGAUCUGAUUAGCUUCACGGUUUACUACAAAGAGGCAGCCUUCAAGAACGUGACGGAAUAUGACGGGCAGGACGCCUGCGGCUCUAACAGCUGGAACAUGGUGGACGUGGACCUGCCUCCCAGUAAGGAGGACAAUCCUGGGAUUUUGCUGCAAGCACUUAAACCGUGGACUCAGUAUGCUAUUUAUGUCAAGGCUGUUAUGCUCACCAUGAUGGAGAACUAUCAUGCCCAUGGAGCGAAGAGCGAGAUCGUCUACAUCCGAACUAAAGCUGCAGUGCCCUCCAUUCCUUUGGAUGUCAUCUCAGCGUCCAACUCCUCCUCUCAGCUGAUUGUGAAAUGGAAUCCCCCCACACACCCGAAUGGCAACCUGUCUUACUACAUUGUGCGGUGGCAGCAGCAGCCCCAGGACAGUUACCUGUACAGGCACAACUACUGUUCCAAAGAUAAAGUCCCGAUUAGGAGGCACGCUGAUGGGACCAUAGACACAGAGGAAGCCACUGAGCCCACCAAGCCGGAGGGAUCUGUGGGAGAGAAGGGCCCUUGUUGUGCCUGCCCGAAGACAGAAGCGGAGAAGCAGGCUGAGAAGGAGGAAGCCGAGUACCGCAAAGUCUUUGAGAAUUUUCUGCACAACGCCAUCUUUUUGCCCAGGCCUGACCGGAAGCGGAGAGACUUGUACCGAAUUGCAAAUACGACUUCUGCCAGCAAGAACCAGACCUUGACGGUCCCAGAGCACUUUGCCAAUGCAUCAGACACAGAGGAAAGCGAAGUGGAGUUUCUCUUCUCGGAAAGCAAAGUGGAGGGCAGGGAGCGGACACUCAUCUCCCAGCUCCUGCCCUUCACGCUUUACCGUAUCGACAUCCACAGCUGCAACCAUGAAGCCGCACUCCUGGGCUGCAGCGCGUCUAACUUUGUUUUCGCAAGAACCAUGCCUGCAGAAGGGGCUGAUAACAUUCCAGGACCAGUAACGUGGGAGGCCAAGGAAGAAAACACGAUAUACCUGAAGUGGCCUGAGCCAGUUAGUCCCAAUGGGCUGGUUUUGAUGUAUGAAAUCAAAUAUGGGCAAAAUGGAGAGGAAAAACGGGAAUGUGUUUCCAGGCAAGAAUACAAGAAACUUGGAGGAGCCAAACUGACCCAUCUGAACCCUGGAAAUUAUUCUGUUAGAGUGCAAGCAACUUCUCUGGCUGGGAAUGGAUCCUGGACUGAGCCAAUCUCAUUCUAUGUUCAGCCAAAACCAGCCGACUAUGGGAAUUUCUUGCAUCUCAUCAUAGUUCUCCCCAUCGCGGUCCUGCUGAUUGUCGGAGGACUUCUGAUCAUGCUGUAUGUCUGUAACAAAAAGAGGAACAGUGACAGGCUUGGAAACGGCGUGCUGUACGCUUCUGUGAAUCCUGAAUAUUUCAGCGCUUCAGAUGUGUACGUGCCGGAUGAAUGGGAAGUGCCCCGGGAGAAGAUUACCAUGUGCCGAGAACUGGGGCAGGGCUCCUUCGGCAUGGUGUACGAAGGGAUAGCAAAAGGUGUGGUUAAGGGCGAGCCAGAAACCAGGGUGGCCAUCAAGACAGUCAAUGAGUCAGCGAGCAUGCGAGAACGGAUCGAGUUUUUGAACGAGGCUUCGGUGAUGAAAGAGUUCAACUGCCAUCAUGUAGUGCGACUCCUGGGAGUUGUGUCUCAAGGCCAGCCCACGCUGGUCAUCAUGGAACUCAUGACUCGUGGAGAUCUGAAGAGCUAUCUGCGGUCUCUUCGACCAGACACGGAGAAUAAUCCUGUCCAAACUCCUCCGGCCCUAAAGAAGAUGAUUCAGAUGGCAGGUGAAAUUGCAGAUGGCAUGGCCUAUCUGAAUGCCAACAAGUUUGUCCACAGGGACCUCGCGGCCAGGAACUGCAUGGUGGCAGAGGACUUCACUGUGAAAAUUGGAGAUUUUGGCAUGACAAGAGAUAUCUACGAGACAGAUUACUACCGAAAAGGUGGGAAGGGAUUACUUCCUGUCCGCUGGAUGUCCCCGGAAUCACUGAAGGAUGGCGUGUUCACGACACACUCGGAUGUUUGGUCUUUUGGGGUUGUCUUGUGGGAGAUUGCCACGCUAGCCGAGCAGCCUUACCAAGGCAUGUCCAACGAGCAAGUUCUUCGCUUCGUGAUGGAGGGUGGUCUCCUGGAAAAGCCUGACAACUGUCCCGAUAUGCUCUUUGAACUGAUGCGCAUGUGUUGGCAGUACAACCCCAAGAUGCGGCCCUCCUUCCUCGAAAUCAUUGGGAGCAUCAAAGAUGAGCUUGACCCAGCCUUCAAAGAGGUCUCCUUCUUCUACAGCGAUGAGAACAAGCCACCGGACACAGAAGAGCUUGACUUGGAGACAGAGAACAUGGAGAGCAUUCCUUUGGAUCCUUCCUCUACCCUCCAGCCUUCUGACAAACACUCAGGACACAAAGCAGAGAAUGGCCCUGGCGUGGUGGUCCUGCGGGCCAGCUUCGAGGAGCGGCAGCUGUACGCGCACAUGAAUGGGGGGCGCAAGAACGAGCGAGCCUUACCUUUGCCCCAGUCCUCGGCCUGCUGACCUUUGGAAACAGGUUUUGCAAACACAUGCGUGUGCAUCAGGGGGAGGGUGGGGGAAAGAGAGCGAGCAAGCAAGCAAGGAAAAAAUAACAAUAUAUUCAAAUGCCUACUGUACCUCAGUGGAUCUUCGGAACUGUCAUAGCUGCACACAGAGGAGAAUCCUCUCUUCAGUUAGAAGUUGAAAUAACUGUUUCUUUUUUCAAUAUGCAAGCAGAAGAUUGUUUCAAGCAAAAGAACUCUAUGUGGGGCGCACAGUCAGCCUUCUAAAACUUUAUUGGUAACACUUAAUAGCAACAGAAAACUUGAGAAUCUGAUGUGUGUGUCCCUUUUCUCUCCUUUCUCUCUGCUUCAUAAUGGGAAACAUAUCUGCGUGAAGUUCAACUCUAUGGCACUUUUUUUUAAUCACAUCAAAGAAAACUGCAGGCCACGCAGCUCUCUGUUCCCCCGCAAGUACCUGCCUAACACUGUAGGUUGUUACAAAAACAAAACAGGAUUUAAAGAAAACAGACUGGAUUUUUAAUAUUAUUCCUUAACCUUUUUAGGAUCAUAUAAAAGAUUGAAGGGCCAUUAUUUGUCCAAGGUUGUAACCGUUUUCAACGCUGCCAAAUUUUGCCAAAAAAAGAACUUGCUUUUAGGGGUUUUGUUUUCGUUUUUGUAGGCAUGGAAGGAGCAAAAUAAUCAUAUGCUCCAAUUAAAUGAAAUAUACAGACCAAUACACUCCAAUCAUACACUGGCAUUUAAAGAAAGAUCAAAUUGUCUAGUAGAUUUUUUUGACUGGACAAAAACCUGUUUGUUUGUUUGUUUGUUUAAUGCGAUUGAGAACAGAAGGGGUAGAGGGUGAAUAACCGGUCCACCCUUACAUUCUGGACAAACUGGCACGGAUGAGCCAAAUCAGAGGGGGAAAAUGAUAUAUCUUGUGCAGAAAUUCAGCAGCACUCCAAAAAGGAAAUAAACAGAAAAAAACAGAAGGGUUUUCCAUGAGUUGGUUCCUGCUGGCUUUGGCAGGCUUAUGGGGGAAAAAAUAUAGCGAAACACAAAAAUGGAGAAGAAUAGCCAAUUAAACGGAUUCAAGCAUACAACACUUUGUUGACCUUGUUUCUCUCUGUUAUUAAGACUUCAAAGGGUCUUGCAGUUCUAUGUUAGACCAUGGAUCAUUUGCAUACACAUUGUCUUUUGUGUCACUUUUAUAACUUUUUUACAGUUCAGAUACUCAUCUAUAUGUCUGUACAGAAAAAAGCUGCUAUUUUUUUGUUCUUUAUCUUUGUGGAUUUAAUCUAUGAGAAAUCUUCAGGUCUACCCCUUUCUCCCUUGCCGCCCCCCAUUCCCAACAAAUUUCUUAUGCUUUGUACUAUAAUGUGUGACUUCUAUUCUUCACCCACCACCACUUUCCCAAGAUGCUAUACCUGAAACAUGAUUUGCCAUCAGCUGUUUAAUGCCUUUUAUAAAUAUAUUCCUGCUCUCUCUCUCUCUUUCUCUCCCCUUUCUGCUAGUUUUUUAAACAGUAUCUAGGCGGUUUGGGUUAAAGCACUCUUUGUGGGGCUGAACGGGGGCAGGAUACAUUUCUGGCAAUUAUUCCAAGACUGCGUGUGAAUCAGCCCUGCUUCGUUCGCCUCACCCUUUGCCCAUUCAGCACCCAUGUCUGUUACAGUGCAAGGUAUGACGGAAACUCAGGUCAGGAAAAAAGUUAACUAUUUAGUACAUUCUUACUCAGUGUUCAUAUUGAUGUGCGAUAGAUAGCUUCACCUUGCUUUCCGUUUGCUUGUCGUCCUGGUUGUGUCACACAACCCACCGCACACAUAAAAGUACAUAAUACGUAUUUUCACUAUUGGGUGCAACAGCUGUUGAGCUGCAAAUACAGAGCUUUUGGCUCAUUUUUAAAGUAAGAAAUGGAAUGUGGUAACCUUUCCAUCCUGUGAACAACGCAUGUCUUUGGUUCUUAGCCAAUAGUAACUUUUACAUGGUCAUGAACCCUUUGCUGAUUUUUAAUAUCCUCUGGAUGUUACCAAAUUAGAAAAGAGGGUUCUUGAUAGUUAAAUUUAUUUUUAAAAUGGUGGACAGUUCCAAAUGGAGCCAGGCCGCAAAAGGUGUUGAGCAUUUGGGGUGCCACAAGGAUGGGUCAACUGUUCCUUGGGGCAGCUCUGCAAAAGUUUACACCAAACUUCCAAAACAAAAUUUGUCCGGGACUUGUUAGUUGAAUUGCAUGCAUCUUGUUGAGAAAGAGGGGACCCUCCCCCAGUUUCCAAAAUCAGGGUGCCUUAACAGUUGUUAAUUCACCUGUAGUUAAUUGCAUUGAAGUUAUAUAUUAGCACUGAUCUGACCAAAGCCUGGCAGUGACAAGAAGGGUUGUUCUGGGAUGGAAGGUUGAAUUUACUCAUGUUUUUGUUGUGGGGGGGGGGGGGGGGAGGGUUGAGUAAGAACAAAGAAUAUAACUGCUAGAUGUGACUGGAGAUAAAGAUAUGUUUGUAGUGCUUUUUUCUCUCGCUUUUGUAGCUUCAGUCCUACCAACUUCUUUUCACCUCUCCCAUAGUUAGUUAUUUUUCCCUUUUUAGAAAAAGGAAAAAAAGGUAUUCUAUGUAGGAUUUUUAUUUAUUUUUGUGCUAUCAGUUUAAAUCACUGUAGAGAUGCCCCAUAAUAAAUUUUAAAUACUGAGAUAAGGGUUUUCAAGUUAUGACAGGGGACAGUUUUUAUUUUAUUUUUUUCAAACAUGUAUCUACCUCACUUUUAUUUUUGUGUGUAUAUAUAAAAAUAUACAUCUCACAUUUCUCAGCAGCCGACAAUAUACUGUUGAAUACCGGUAACCUCAUUCAUUGCACAAACCACACUCACCCCGGUUUUGGAGAAGGGAGGCCACUGCCAAAUCAAAAAGGUCACUUGAAAGAGUUGGUGGGUGCUGCUUUUAAACACAACAGUGUACUUUCUCUGGAUGGAGUUGCAAGUAGCUGUCAGCGGCCAGUUGACACUAAAAUUGAAAGCUGCUCCAAGUCUUGUUGCAAUGAACAGGCGUGGGAAGAGGGGAAUGGCAGAGCCGGGCCCUCCAAAGGGAGAGCCAGCUGCCUGCCGAGGCUGACAAAACGUUCCAGUAAUGGUCAUCUGCUAGCCAGCAACUACAUUUGGGUGGUCACUGCUAAAUAAGGAAAAGGGGCCAAGCAGAUCUGUUCUUCAGAUGCCCCAAAUUCUCAAAGGGCUGUUAGAAUAAUUGCUAAUGCAGAAGUGUGGAAGGUUUGGCUCUUUGGCGAGAUCAGGAUCAAACAAUGAGAUGGGAUCCCCUUAAAAGCAGGAGCCUGCUCUUCGCAGAAUCACUUGUGCCAAUUGGGGACGAGGUGCUCCUGUUUAGCCUGAACACCUGCACGUGUUUUAUUCUGCACCGAUAAUCUAGUGUGCCGGUAGUCUGGAAGACCUUUUCCAUGCCUCCAAAUUAGGUUUGGAACCACAGCUUUUAAUGAAGGGCUUUGUCAAAAGCUUUUGUAGAUUCUAAUCAGCCAAUUAAAAUUGUAACAGUUGUACAAAUUCAGAAACUAACAAGUGAUUCACCACUAGAGAAGAACAUUCUGCUUCCCUGGCUUGGCCUGCAGUCCCAAAUCUGCAGGUAUUCCUUAAUGGCAUCUGAAUGUGACCUGGCUAGUUUGAGAGCGCGUGAUUGUCUAGCCCCCGUGUUUAAUUCUGGGGUGUGGGUGGAUGUUGUCGAGAGGGGAUUGCCUCAUUUGCUGAGCUCCUCCAUUGUUAAUAUCUUUGAUUCUGACUUUCUUCUUGGUGGUCUUUUUGGUUUUGCAGUGUGCCUCUCCUCUCUUGCACAUAGUACUCUUCAUAACUGUAUGGAUCCUCAGAUCUUUCAGCUGGCUAAAAGGGUUUUGUUUUAAAACUGUCCAAGUUAUUAUUUUUAAUUGUACGUAGGUGGUUUAAAAGUAUUAGGAGAGAACACUAACGUGAUAGUGCCCGUCUGAACACACAUUUCAGAAGCAUUCGAGUGUAGGGCAGUCGUGUGACUCAAGUGCAAGUCGGCCCGUCUGAAUCAAACCACCUUGACUCCACCAUUGUCUUCUGCACUCACAAGGUUUUUAGAAAUCCAUUUUGGUUUCCCAGCUCUUUUUUGUAUUGGAAUGGUGUGUCUGUAUGUCCCAGAAUUUAAUAUCUACCUGGCUUUUCCUACACAGUCCUUUUGAUAGUAAACCUUACUGUUGAUGCAUGUCAAAAACUCAAUGUUGGCGUGAUGUGGGCACAAGGGUGGCUUUUCCUGCAAGGUUAUUGCCUUGCGUGGGAUGGACAAUUUAUUUUAGAUUUGGAUGGGCCUGAAUUAAGGUCAUACAUACCCACUCAUGUUCUUAAUAAGAAACUUAGAUGAUCUUGGCUCCUUCAUUCAUCAGAUGCAACUAUCCGGUAGAGAAGUAUAUCGGCUUAACUGAUUCAUUACAUAUUUUGUUGAGAACAUGAGCAUAACUCGCUGGGUUGGACAAGAGCCCUGUCCAGCUGAGCUGCUCGCUUCCAGUCCUAGCGCGCUGAGUGGUUUUCCAUAAAGACAAGUGAUACCAAGAGGUUCUGUUGAACUGUUAUGGCCACAGCUUGACAGAACUGCCCUCCCUACACGCAUCUAGUCCCCCUUUAAAGCCAUGCAAGCCAGUGAUAGUCCUCACACCUUGUCACUGAAUUUGGUAUUUCGUGCAUGUCCAGAAUCUACUACCAAUUUCAUUGGGUGACCCAGAGAUCUGGCAGCAGAAGAUGGAGAACUUCCCGUAUUCGUGUUUUUAAAACCUGUUGUCGCCCUCCUUAUCCCAUGUUUUUAGGCUAAACAGAAGCUUAGCUACAGCUUUCCCUCAGGGGACGAUGCUGCAACCCCUGAUCAUUUGGGUCGCCUACUUUGGCACCACACAUUUCACAAUGUAUGGUGACAUACAUCGUUAAGAUGGGGUGACCAAAAUUGUACGCAUUAUUUCAAGUGCACUUUCCCCUUAGAUGUAUAACAAAGCCGAAUGGUAUUUGCUGUGAUAUAGGCAUCUCCUUUCCAAAUAAUCCAUAGUACUGAAUUUGCUUCUUUGAUGGGUACAGCAAAUGGCUGGCCACCACAAGCCCCAAGAUCUACUCUUGAAAACCACAGAGAGUUAAGAUUGCAUCAACUUAUACAUAUAUUCAGGAUUUUUUUAUCAGAGUGUGCACCAUUUUAUAUCGAAUCACAGUUGCCAUUUUGUUAUCUCUAUACCAGGUUUGGAGACAUUUGUUUGGGAGCUCUUUGUAGUCAGCAAAAGUAUUCACCAUUUUGAAAAACUUGGUGUCAGUCAACAAACCUGGCUACCUCACUAUUUACCUUGACUCCAGAUCUUUGAUUAAGUAGCAGCUAUGCAGACCUGUGGGAGGACUGACGUCACGGUCCAUUGGGGAAAUUGACCUUCCUUCCUUGUGCCCUGCUUUCUAUUCUUUAACACAUCAACAGUCUAUAAGAGGAUCUUGCCUCUUAUUCCAUGGCUGCUACGUUUACUCAGGAGCCUCUGAAAGAAUUUGUCAUAAGUUUGAAUUUAUCCACAACUACAGGUUGAUGAAAUUCUCAAAGAAUGUCGGUGAGGCAGGACUUCUCUGCAAAAGCCAUUCUUUGCAGCUUCUAUUAAAUCAUUCUUCAACUCCUGACAUGAAUUUUACUGGGGCAGAAGGAUGUAUAAUUUACCAGAUAACUGGCUUCCUUUUUAAAAAAUAGUUGGUAGGCUGGUUACCUUCUAACACUCCAGGACAGAGACUAAUUUUAAUGACAACUUGGAUACGUUCAUUCGGAUAAGCAACUUCACGUUUUUAGUUUUAAAAGAACCCUCACUGUCUGAUUUGUUAACUUCUCAUUUAGCAGUCAGUCCUAGAACUCCAUGGCUUUUUUGAAUUAAUGUUUUCAGAUGCACCCUAUUCCCCCCAAAAGUUGUUCAGGCAGAGCGAUCUGUCACUGAGUUCUUUCAGUGGUGUGCAGAAGGUGGUUUGGCUUCAGAGGAGGGUACCUUCUAUCAGUGCGGAAGUAUUGCAUGCUAAACAUCUGACUUUGUAACCAAGCUUGUUCAGACAACAGCUAGACAUGAAAGCAGAACACGAGAGAAGAGCUAGGCUGCUUCCAGUGCACAGUACUUCUGUUCUUUGAGAAUAGGGUUUCCAGUAAAGUUUAAACUGUCAAAAUCUGUUAGCACUGAUGCUCCUGUUGAUACAAAAGAUAAACAACCAGUUAUCCCAGGACUGGUCAUAAGAUGGAACUGCUGUUUAGAUCUCUGGGAACUGCUGAGGAUUGUUUCACACAAUCCGUGGCUGUAUGAAUGACACUCCUGUUGUUGGUAUAAUGUUCUAUAUAGUUAUAUUUUUAAAAAAAUCUUUCCAUUCCAGUAGUCAGUAACACUUUCUUGUUACUCUCUUUUUUGUUUGUCAGCUGUGUAUUCUAUCACUGGUGAACAAGGAGUGAUCGGUUAGAAUAGUCGACUCCUCCCAUGGUUGAGUAUCCCAGUGAUGGAAUGCUAGACAUUGCAAUUCCAUUCUUUUUGUUUUUAAAUGAAUAAAUAGUUGGCACAAACUAAAAUGAGAGCAUGCUCAUACAGGUUGAACACUUUUUGUUGGAGGUGCUGAAGAUACAGAACGCAAGGGUUAUACUCAGUAGGCUGUUAGGUUGGCAUCUCGGUUCGGAAGUCCAGUUGGUUCUGAGUUGAGGCACUUAAAUUUCUUUUAGUAGGUUUUAAGAACCAUGAUGUCCAUCCAAACUGAAGAAAAUAUGCAGUGCAGGGCAAAAGCAGUUGUGGGGCAGGAGCACUGAUCUACAAAGACACAAUUUGACUUGACGUUCAGGGUGGCUUACAAGCAUGGCAACAUCGGUGCUUCGAAUUUCACAAGGAAUUAUUUCGAGCUUGUGGAGCUGAACUUCAGUCUCAGCAUCUUUACUGUGGAGUCAAGUGUGCGAAGUAGGACUUCAGUAGGCUAUUUCUCAUUAUACCAUGUUUACCCUGAUCCAGAGCCCCAUGUGUACAUGGAGACCCUGCACACACGAGCUUCUCCAUUCAUCCUAAUAGAUGACAGCUCCAUUGGAGUAAAUGAGGAAAUCCUUGCUGGGGCAGUGAGCUUUGUGUAUGUGUUGGAGCAUUUGGAAGGGAUUGCUGGACUGGGUUACCUGGCUGUUAUUAAGUGUUGCACAAGUUCCAGAUGGCUUUCAUUAGGUGUGCAUGUGGAAUGAGUGUGUACAUGUGUAUGAUUAUCAUUUAAUUUUGUAUCUGUUUUGUUAACUAGCAAUCCAUUAGCAUUUUCCAUAGGGCUGUUAAGUCCAGUAGAUUACGGGUAGUCAGUUGACAAAGAUCUGGUUUACCAAAACUAAUUACAUGUCUCAUUGCAUUUUGUAAGUACAUAGAAUAAUUUUUAUAAAGAUGUUUGUAGUUUAUUAAAUGCCUAAAGAUAAUUUAAGGGCACUUUUUACUGUGUGUGGAUGUGUGUCGAAGGUUUCUUUUCUUUUUAGGGUACUGGUUUUAUGAAUUAGCUUUACAUUAUGCCAAAAAGGAUGCCGUACCAACUUCUAAAUCAUGGCUCAUCUAUUGCCCCGAGUCCACAGUAAACCCAGAAUAUGUUCUGUAUCUUCAGUAGCCUGGUCUUCCAGAGUCCUACGGAGGGGUGGGAUUGUCGUUCUCAACUGGUCAUUUCAGUUUUACUGUGUGGGUGCAAGUUGGGGAAAACCUCACUGGUUAAGGAAACAGAACAAGUAUUGCUGCUAAGUGGUCUUUAGCAACAGAUCUAAGUGCAUUUUCUUGGGAGUAAAUGACACUGAAAUCAAUGAAGCUUACUUCAAGAAAAUGUGUUUGGGGUUGUAAUUCUGUUUGCAUUAUUUAAGUUCCUGCAUCAUUGUUGCCUAGGUUGAUUGAAGGAUUUGACUGCAUAGUAGGUGGCAUAAUGAAAGGCUGUUUUCAGUGCUUAUCACUGAAUGACAGACAACUGUGUUUACGGAUAGCUUAUCGCUUCUAUUAAAAGGUGAUUUAGAACGCAGCCUAUGCAAUUUAUGUAGAUAUUUAGCAACAUUAAAGCUUUGUUUUAAAUGACCAACAAAGGUCCCUAUUUAUUAUAAUUAUUUAAAUUAGAAUACCGAAGAUCCUAUUUCUUUCAUCAAAUUAAAAAGGCUUCCCCUUGUUACCCUGAAGGAUUUUGUGUGGUUUUGUUGCCAUUUUGAGAAUCUUUUUUUUUUUUUCUGUUUUCUGAAUCAGUGAGGUUUGAGAAGAAAGGACUGGCCAGAGAUCUUCUACCUCUGGGACAAAAACAGUUAAAAUCAAAAACCACAAUAACUAGAAAGUGCUAUGGAACUGAAUGCAUUUGCAAACACAACAUUUUCCAAGUUAGCUUGUUUAAAGUAAGUUUUUUUAAAAAAUAAAAAAAUAAAACAGUAAUAACAUGGCCAAUUUAUUACAUAAAGACUUGCUGUGUAUAAAUUAUUCCUAAAGAAAUUCCUGUGUUUAUAUUAAAAUGAAUUAGUAGAUGAUGAAAAAAAUUCAAAAUGUUUUUGUAUAUUCUGUUGUAAGAAUUUAUUCCUGUUGCGAUAUACUCUGGAUUCUUUACAUUAUGAAAAAAGAACCUUUGUCUAUUUUGAAUGGCUGAAGCUAAGGCUCUUUUAGUUUCUCUUACUCUGCUUUUUUCUAGUAGUUACAGUACUACAUGAUUAAGUUAAAUAAAAAGGAUUCUGUAUGCA